AAACACGCAUCUACAAACACAGACAGACAUUUGUACAUAGACAGAUACAUGAGUAGUUUCCACAAGUAUGGACCAGUGGGAUAGAUUUCCUGACCAACAGGAGGACAUUGAUAACUAUUCAGAAUCUGUGAAGUUUGAUGCUCGCUCCAUGACAGCUUUGCUCCCUCCGAAUCCUAAAAAUGGCCCUGCCCUUCAAGAGAAACUGAAGUCCUUCAAAACUGCACUGAUUGCCCUCUAUCUCCUUGUGUUUGUAGUUCUCAUACCUAUCAUCGGAAUGGUGGCAGCUCAGCUCCUGAAGUGGGAGAUGAAGAAUUGCACAGUCGAUUCAACUAACGCAAAUGCUGUAUUUCAAAGUCUCACUGGAAAAGGAAAUGACAGUGAAGAUGAAAUGAGAUUUCAAGAAUUUGUUAUGGAACACAUGAGCAACAUGGAGAAGAGAAUCCAAUAUAUUUCAGACACAAAAGCUGAUUUCAUAGAUUCAGAGCGUUUCCAAAAUUUCAGUGUGAUGACUGAUGAGAGAUUUAAUGAUGUUCUUCUCCAGCUAAGUACCGUAGUUUCCUCAGUCCAGGAACAUGGAAAUGCAAUCGAUGAAAUCUCCAAGUCAUUAAUAAGUCUGAAUACCACAUUGCUUGAUUUGCAGCUCAAUAUUGAAACAGUGAAAGGCAAAGUCCAAGAGGAUACACUUAAACACCAAGAGGAGAUGAGUAUAUUAGAGGAACGUGUGUACAAUGCAUCAGCAGAAAUUGUGUCUGUGAAAGAAAAAUAUGUGCAUUUGGAACAGGAAAUAAAAAGAGAAGUGAAAGUAUUGAAUAACAUCACUAAUGAUCUCAGACUGAAAGAUUGGGAACAUUCUCAGACAUUGAAAAAUAUCACUUUAAUUCAAGGUCCUCCUGGACCCCCAGGUGAAAAAGGAGAUAGAGGUCUCAUUGGAGAAAGUGGUCCCCAAGGAGUUCCAGGUCCAAUAGGUCCUCCAGGUCCUAAAGGUGAUCGGGGAGCAAUUGGCUUUCCUGGAAGUCGAGGAUACCCAGGAUCGACUGGGAAGAGCGGGAGGCCAGGAAAUCCUGGACAAAAGGGCCAGAAGGGGGAAAAAGGCAGUGGAAACACGCUAACUCCAUCUAGUACAGUUCGACUGGUUGGUGGUAGCAGCCCUCAGGAGGGCCGAGUGGAGAUUUUUCAUGAUGGCCAGUGGGGUACAAUUUGUGACGAUCGCUGGGAACUGCGCGUUGGACAGGUCAUCUGUAGGAGUUUGGGAUACCAAAGUGUUCGAAAUGUGUAUAAGGGAGCUUAUUUUGGACAAGGUACUGGUCCAAUAUGGCUGAAUGAAGUAUUUUGUUUUGGGAGAGAAUCAUCUAUCGAACAGUGUAAAAUUAGACAAUGGGGUGUGAGAGUCUGUUCACAUGCUGAAGAUGCUGGAGUGGCUUGCAUUGUAUAACGAACAUAUCAUAUUUUCAUUCACAUUUAUGAAAUCGUUGCAAAAUGAUUUUUAUGACUUUGCUCCAUUAAAAUCAGUUUAAUGAAUAUUGUCCAAGGAAAAGGAAUAUUUAAAAAUCACUGGAUAAACAUAUUGAAUACUUACUAUAUGUCUGUAUUUGAACCAUUUUAACUUCUCUAGGUUUUUAAAUGGAAUUUUCUAACAUAAUAACUUAUAUAUUGAAAUGAAAAUGUUGAAGUUUAAGACUUCUGGAUUACAAAAGCCAAUGAUCAUGGAAAGACAUUUCAAUCAUUGACUCCAAUUAAUAUCUUCACCACAAGAUUACAAUUUUUGUCAUUUUUGUCUUCUUUGUAAUCUAUUUGGUUGAUUUUACAUGCCUAGAGUAAUUUUAGGUUAGGGAGGAAAAAAAGACUGAAAUACCUUUGUUAAUCAUCUUAAGAAGUUCAAUCAAACCUGUAAAACAUUUCAAUUUUUUAAAAAAAAUCGUUGAUGCUUUAUGCUUAUAUCAUUUCUUUACAAAGAUUGAAAAAUUAAUGACAUAAAUUGCUCGUUUAUUUUCUUUUGUUAAAUUACAUAAAAUUGUCCCGCUCUAAAGGUUCAAUGGUAGAAUAAAGUGAAAACACAGCUCUUAUUCUGAAUGAGGGCCCAUUAGAGAAGUUAGGGCCUGCUGACUAAGAGACCGAAUAUGUCAUAUAUUCAAGUCAGUUGCCAGAACGGUUAGGGGAUAAAUGCGAUGACCUGAGAGCGCUCAGAAUAAAAAAAAAAAAGAAAGGAGGGAAGGAAGGAAGCAAGCAAGAAAGGAAGGAAGGGAGUGAUCCUAGGAAUAGCAAAUUUGCUAAUCAUCACUUCAUUUUAUGCCGAAAAUUUUGAAUUAAAAGUUAGGUCGGUUUGUGAUACUUUUAAACAUCUUAUGCUAAAGGAAUGAGAUAACAAAUUAAUUGGAAAGAAAGGCUCUUGGGACUAUAGUAAUAUUAGAUAAUUAUUUUUAUCUUAAUAUUCAAAUUCUAACAUUGACUUCCUAAUUAAAAAUAGUUUCAUUCUACACGGGUAGUAAGGGACUGAAGAAAUUUAAGGGAACAAAUAUAUCAUGUAAAAAUUUCCUACCAGUGGCUGUGUGCUCAAAUUGUAACUGGGGGAGAUCUCUACCUGUAAACUUGACUUACGUUUACAUAGAGACAAUGAAGAAACAUUUCCAAUGCUAGAACACCAUUUGUUGUAUUUUUCAUUUAAAAAUAGAAUUACAAUGUUAUCUUUUAAUCAUUAACAUGAGAAAAAUCAUCACAUUAAGAUAAAGUAUAAAUGCAUAAGAUUCUCUGUGGAUUAUGCUCUGCUUGCAGAGAUUAAAAACUUAAACAAUUCAUUAUUAUUUGCCAAGUGCUUUCUCCACGAACAAGGCAUUUCAUUUUUGUCAUUUCAUGAAAAGCUAAUUUUUGUAGGAAGUCAUAUGAUGUGCUCAGUGGACUGUACAAGAGGGGGAAGAUCCAUAUUUCUGUUCUGGCUCUGCCUCUCGCUGGCUGCAGGUUAUUUAGAGAAAUCAUUUAACCUCUAAUCCUCAAAUCCUGGCACAUAAAAUGGGAAUGAUCAUAUGUGCCUUACCUAACUCAGGGUGCUUGUGAGGACCAGAUGUCAACAAGAAUUACAGACAGGACAGAAGUUAUUCAUUUUCAAGUACCCCUGAUAUUUACUAGCCCUUCCACAUUUGAUGGUAUUAAUACAAGUAAAGAAACUGAAUGAUUUUGAAGUUGCUCUCUUUUCUAGACUGUAUCCUUUCCAUUUGGACGUGAC